UAUCUCGUCUUUUCUGCUUUGCCCCUCACAGUUUGCUCCCAGUUCUCCAAAGGAGUGUACGCCAUCAUCGGCCUGUAUGACAGGAAGACGGUCAAUAUGCUCAUGUCCUUCUGCGGAGCGCUGCACGUUUGCUUUGUCACACCGUCCUUCCCUAUUGAGACGGCCAACCAGUUUGUCAUCCAGCUGAGGCCUGAGCUCCAGGAUGCUUUGGUCGGAGUUAUCGAACACUAUGGAUGGACUAAGUUUGUCUACAUGUACAGCUCUGACUCCGGCCUGUCAGUUCUGCAGAAGGUCCUGGACACAGCUGCAGAAAGGAACUGGCUGGUGACGUCGGUCAAUGUGGAGACCAUGACGGAGCCCUCCUUCUUGAAAGUGUUCCAGGACUUGGACAAGAGGAAGGAGGGACAGAUAAUUAUUGACUGUGAAACUGAGAGGCUCACUGGCAUUCUCAAAAAGAUCGUUGAUCAAGGAAAGAAUGCAAAGAGUUAUCACUACAUCCUUGCUAACUUGGGAUUCCUGGACAUUGACCUGACAGAUCUUAGGAAUGGCGGUGCCAACAUAACUGGCUUCCAACUUGUCAACAACUCUGAACCAAGUGUGAGCCGCAUCGUCCAGCAGUGGAUGGAGUUUGAUAACAAAGACUCCAAGAUGAGCAAGGCUGGACUCCAAUACACAGGUGCUCUGACAUAUGAUGGGGUGAAAGUCAUGUCCACGGCCUUCCAGAAUUUAAGGAGACAGAGGAUAGACAUCUCUCGCCGGGGCAACGCAGGAGAGUGUCUCGCCAACCCGCCAGCCCCAUGGGGACAAGGCAUCGACAUUCAGAGAGCCUUGCAGCAGGUCCGUAUUGAUGGAUUAACGGGUCACAUUCAGUUCAAUGAGAAAGGCCGAAGAACCAACUACACUGUUAGUGUCAUGGAGUUGGCCCCCUCUGGACCUAAGAAGGUUGGCUACUGGAAUGAAGAUGAGAAGUAUGUGACUACGGCCAGCCUCAUAAGGGGCAGCAAUGAAACUUAUGGACUGUUGAAUAGGACUUACAUAGUCACUACAAUCUUGGAGUCUCCCUAUGUGAUGCUGAAGAAUAACCAUGAGAAUCUCCAUGGGAACGAUAGGUAUGAGGGCUACAUAGUUGAGCUGGCCGCUGAGAUAGCCAAGCAUGUGGGCUACCAGUACAAACUGAAGAUUGUCUCAGAUGGAAAGUAUGGAGCCAGAGACCCCGAAACUAAGAUGUGGAAUGGCAUGGUUGGCGAGCUUGUUUAUGGAAAAGCAGAUCUGGCUGUGGCUCCUCUCACCAUCACUCUUGUCCGUGAAGAAGUCAUUGACUUCUCCAAACCCUUCAUGUCUCUGGGUAUUUCCAUCAUGAUCAAGAAACCCACCAAGUCCAAACCGGGAGUGUUUUCAUUCCUGGACCCGCUGGCCUACGAGAUCUGGAUGUGCAUUGUGUUCGCCUACAUCGGCGUCAGCGUCGUCCUCUUCCUGGUCAGUCGAUUCAGCCCUUACGAGUGGCACGCCGAGGACUACGAGGAGGGAGGCGAGCCGCAGACCCCGACCCAAGCGUCGGCCUCCAACGGCAUGCAGCAGAGCCAGACGUCCACGCAGCAGAACGCCAACCAGCAGAGUCCCGAACAGACCAACGAGUUCGGCAUCUUCAAUUCCCUUUGGUUUUCACUCGGAGCAUUCAUGCAGCAGGGCUGUGACAUCUCGCCACGGUAG